UGGCCAAUGAAGUCCUCCGAUGUUGGGACGUGCUGCCGUUUCCUAGACAAGUCAGUUGCUACAGCAGCAUCAGCGACCGACACAGACAAGAGAGAUGGAGGACUUUGAGGGUAAGACGUUUAGUAAAUAAGAAAUUGAGGACAUAACCAGUUAUCGCUUUUACUGUUGAAUAAAUCCGAGGUUUUCAAUGCGACUUCUUAUUUUAUUGUGUUGAUUUUUCAGUGCCGCAGAACUGCACUAUUUUCGUUGACCGAGCUCUUUCUUUGCUGUGUCUGGCCAAAACAGGGUGGAGUAUGACGCCUGUGGUUAGGGCGUUAUCCCAAUAUUGGUGGCACUGGUUGUUCGUAAUCCAUGCUUAUACCUUGCUUUGAAUAGUUGAAUAGCUAACUGAUUGAAUAGUUGAUUGCUAUUUGCUAGCUUUAUAGCUAUUUGAUAGCCUUACAUAGGCCACAGCGCUUGAAGAAAGGACAUGUUGUGUGCUUGGAAUGGCAGGCUUGGCAGCCUCAUGCUAACCGGCUAGCUAACAUUGAUAGAAUAACCUAGAUCAAUAUUUAUUUUAUUUUAUCUCACAACCUAAACAAUAGCCUAAAAAUGGGUCUGUCACAACCUAGCUAGCUACAUCUAAAAUGUUUCUCAAACCUUAAAGCCACUGAAACCAUCACCAACAGCCUUGAUGCAUUGCUAGACUGAAGCAUUUAUAUUAUUUAGCAAUUCUGAAUGGUCUACUAUUUUAUGCAAUUAUUAAUGCUAUUUGGAACCAGUGCAUAGUAGUGUUUGUUACUUGAAUACAUUUAGCUUAAUCCUGGCACCUCUUGCUUCAUAUUUCUGUCAAGUGCUGUUAUGUUUCAGGCUGCCUGGGUGCCUGCCUGAUCAUUUAGAAUAGAAUUAGAUAAAAUACAUUUCACACUAACCAACACAUAGCUUUGCUAUAUUCCUGCUUGCCAGAUAUUCUGUUACCCAUUUGGCCUAGGCAUAUUUCUGUCAAGUACUCUUAUGCCCCUGGUGGUGUAGUGUAGCCUAGCCUAGCCUAGCCUAGCCUAGCCUGUAUGACAGCUCUUCAUCUUCUCUACAUCCAUUCCCUUCUGUACAGAUGUGGAGGAGGCUCCGCCCUCCAACGAAGAGCUGAUCCCCUGUAAAAUCUGUGGAAGGAGCUUCUUCACUAAAGUCCUGGUAGGACACACACACACACACACACACACACAGAUUUGUGUACAGAUUCAUGUUGUUUUCUAUGAUGAGCCUUGGCUGGCUCACUGACAUACAUAUCCUUCAUGCUUCAUAAUUAUACCUCUGCAGCAGAGUAAAACUGGGAUUAUGUUUUGAUAUGCUUGCCAAACACUGGUGAGGUUAAAUAGCCAUGUUUACGCUAGCUAAACAUGUGGAGGCGGUAAUUAAAUAAUGACCACUAUUUAUGUUUUGGUGAUACUGUCCACAGCAGUUAGCAAAUGGAUGGAGGAUAGAGUGAGCAGCACCUGAUAGUCAUUAUGUUGUUGUGUUGCUGGCUGUGUUGUUAAGGUGUGGCUCCCUCAACACAGAUUACACUUUGAUAUUAUGUACGCUAGCAACACACACACGCGCACACACACACACACACACACACACACAUACAGACACACACUAUAGCAUGUACUUGCAUUUUGAGGUUUAAACCUCCCUGUCCCUUUCCUUCUCCCCCUGUAGAAGAAACAUACCCCAAUCUGUCAGAAAGCAGCAGCUAAGAAGAGGAAGGUGUUUGACUCUGGCAGGCAGAGAGCUGAGGGAACAGAGAUCUCCACUAUCAAACCCAUCAAACCUAAGGUGAGACAUAACAACACACACAGACACACACAGACACACACAGCUCCAAUAGCUGUUAGGCUACAGACAUGCCAAAGCGUGCCUCAGACCACUGUGAAAGAGGCUGUUGAAGGGACCGAGUGAUGGGUUUAAGACAAGGACCCACUCUACUGUGAAACAAGCCCACAUUUGUUAGCUAAAUGUGACCAUCAUCAUUUCUGUUUCUUGAUAAUUUGUUAUACACCUUAAACCACUUAUGUAUUUCAGUCACACACUUCUACAACCACUGCUAAGAGUGUGAAAGUAAGUUGAAUAGCCUUUAUUUUACGUUUGUGUGUUGUUGUAACACAACAGUGCUGGUAUUCAAAAAUGUAUUGGCCCUUUUGCACUGUAUCUUGCUCUAUUGUGUCAGAAGCUCUAUUUGAAACAGAAGCCUAACGAGUAGUGCUGGGCUGGGCAUGAAGUUACUGGAUGCAAAUGCCAUAGAAGGGAAAUUCUGGUGUGUGUUAUAAUUCAUAUGGAACAGACCAUGACUGUGUGAGAGAGACAAAUAAUGUCUAUCGUGGUGGAAAUGUCCAUGAUCUCAGAAUAUCAUCUGACCAAUCCAAGACUGUCAUCUGACAACUGCAUGAACCAAUCCUCUUCCACUCUCUCCCUAUUCUCUAACAGACAUUUUUUUUCAUACAAUCCAUUUUUGUAUGACAUGAACUUUUUUCAUACAAUCCAUUUUCUAAACCGGAAAGGUAAUAAAUACUAAAAGCUCUCCUGCAUUCAGAUCUGUCUGUAUGUGCUUGGGCCUUCCAAAGCAGAGCUAUACGCUCCUAGGCUGGUCCCAGAUCUGUCUGUAUGUGCUUGGGCCUUCCAGAGCAGAGCUAUACGCUCCUAGGCUGGUCCCAGAUCUGUCUGUAUGUGCUUGGGCCUUCCAGAGCAGAGCUAUACGCUCCUAGGCUGGUCCCAGAUCUGUCUGUAUGUGAUUUAGCUCAACUCCUCAGACUAUUGCUUGUUGUGUAGUCUAAAUCUAGGUGAUAACAGUAGUCUGAUUGACGAGGAGUAGCUAGAUGCCUAGGCUACAUCCUAUACUUCUCCACUGCUUCUGACAGCUAGCCACGCUGCCUGACAUGCAUUUUAAUGGAAACUGAAAAGGAAAACAAUGCUGUAUUAUGUCUUGGACAGCUUUCCCCUCCCUGCUGUCUACCAGAAUAAUAAUUGGCUAGGGUGUGUCCCAGAUGACACCCUAUUUCCUAUAUAGUGCCCUACUUUUGGGAGGGAACCUAGAUGUGUUCUCCAGUAGUGUCGUUUUCAUGGGAUAAACCAAAUCCCAGAUAGAUACUGUGGGUAGGCAUGCAGUUUGGUACGUACUUUAUCACAUUCAUUCCUAUUUAGGAAUGUAAUACACACAAAUAGCACUAUUCUCCAGAGCUUGAAAAUAUGUACUCUUUUGGCACUUAAACGGCAUGGUAAAUGCAAUGCUAUGGUAAAAAAAAUAUACAAAUUGCCUAAUUGGUGUGGAGUUUGAAUGGAGAGAAAGCAUAUGAUGGUGUGAUCACAUUGGCUGGUGAUGAUACAUUUGCCGCAGUAUUAGGCCUAAUAUUUAGCCAACGAAUGAUGGGUUAAUAUGAAUGAGCUUCUUCAGCUACACAUAGCUUCUCUUUUCCAGAUGAGGCAAUGCACAAUUACACAAGCCUCUCCUCUAUUCCUCUUCUCCUGGGGCCAGUUUUUCAAAAGUUAUCUGCUAGGAUUUCCCCAAUCAGAUAGGAUUAAAUGUUAUAAUUGGGUUUUUCAAAACAGAAAAAUUAGAUUCUGAUCCUCCGGAUAAGGAUUUGGUAACACAAACAUAGACACAGGCAUACAAACACACGAUCACAUACGCACUAUGCACACAUGUACACAUGGAUUUUGUGUUAUAGAUAUGUGGUAGUAGAGUAGAGGCCUGAAGGCACACACUUAAUAUGUUGUGAAAUCUGUUAUGAAUGUAUUGUAAUGUUUUUUAAAUGUAUAAUUGCCUUAAUUUUGCUGGACACCAGGAAGAGUAGCUGCUACCUUGGCAGCAGCUAAUGAGGAUCCAUAAUAAAUACAAAUACAAUCUCACCUUUAAUCAGGAUUAAAUGUUGUUUUGGCGUUUUUCAAAACUCAAAAGGUAGUGAUUAGGACAGAAGGCAUCUUGAGAAAGACACCAGUGAUGAUGCCGAUGGAAAUCUCGUAAAGCAGGAAACGGAGAGGGCAUAACAUCUGACUUUUUUCUUGCUGAAGAGCAGAUCAAGUUGAUAGUGCUCCAACAAAAAGAGACAAAACAGUGCAUUUGCUUAUUUCAAUCAUGCUUCAAAGAUGCUGGGGUUGCAUUUUCAUAUGAUGAAGACUUCUGAAGAAUAUGGAUUUGUGUUUAGAAUUAUUUUAGUUAUUCAGUGAGAUGGCAAAUUUAGCUGAAAAAUAUUAAACUUUUUAAAGUGUUAUAUUAAAAGUUAUGCAAUUACAUUUCCUUACAAGUGACAUGCAAGCUAUUUUGUCUUGGCUAUCGUCAUGUAGUUCAUCAUGCGGCAGUUUUAAAAAAGUUAUCUUAUUGGAUUUUGGUAAAUCAGAUAGGAUUACAUGUUAGCAUUAGGUUUUUCAAAACGGUACAAUUUGGGAUAAGGAUUUGGUAAUCCAAUUUGACCUUUUAAUCAGGAUUGUAUGUCGUUUUUCAAAACUCAAAGGUAGUGAUUAGGAUAGUUUUGAUCCCAAAAAUCUGGAUUAUCUUUAUCCCACUGGAAGGAUGGAUUCAGGGUGUAUUUAGAAAGGUGAAAGGCUCUACAACCAAGAAAGGUGAGAAAGUCAAAAAUGUUUUCUUACAUCGGAAAACCAAAAGUUAAUUAUGUUAAAUUGACUGCAGUAUAGGUAUGUGGUCAGUAGUUAUAUUGAGAACUGUCAAAUAAAUGCAUCUACUUACUUAUAAGUGAUAUGCAGGCUCUAUAAUUUAUAUAUAAUCAAGGUACCUUUAUUCAUUUCUGUGUCCCUAUGACAGUGUAGAAGUAGUCCCACAACCUGUCCAGUAGAUGGCGAGGUGUAGGCCUGUUCAAAGCACUGAAAAUCUGGAUUCUGUUAUCUUGAUAUUGUGGUAUCUGGAUACGAAUGAUUCUAUCCAAUUCUUUUCAGAAAAACUGGUACAAAAACAGCCAAUUCGAUCUGAUCCUGGAUAGAAAAAAAAGAGGAUUACAGAAUUUGGCUCAUUCUGAUCCCCCAAUUUAUUUAUUUUUAACGGGCCGCUGGAGUCGCAAAAGCUAUAGGCUACAAUAUGUUGUUGGACAUUUAUGUUGAGCAUGUUUUGCUACGAUUAGUCCUGUUUAGAUAACAGUCUGCUGCUACUAUAAAAAAAAUCAGUUGGCAAUGGAUGUUUGCUAGCAAGUUGUCAAUGUUCCUGAUUUCUAACAAAGCGGAGUGAGUAGGAAAAUAAGAUAACGUGGAUCAAAAGGUUAAUCUAGGUCAGAUUAUUUUUUUCUUGUGGAAAGAGCAGAUUCUAAGGUUUCUAAAGCACAUACAAACUCAAGUAAAAUGAGGGCAUAUCACUUGUUUGUUUCCACACCAUCCAGUGACACAAGUUAUUAUUAUUUAUAUUUUAUUCUGUUAUAUUCCAUUAUAUUCUUACUACACUGAACAAAAAUAUAAAUGCAACAUGCAACAAUUUCUAAGAUAUUACUGAGUUACAGUUCAUAUAAGGAAAUCAGUCAAUUGUUGGUCACAGAUACCUUUAAAAAAAACAAAGUAGGGGCGUGGAUCAGAAAACCAGUCAGUAUCUGGUGUGACCACCAUUUGCCUCAUGCAGCAGGACACAUCUGCUUUGCAUAGAGUUGAUCAGGCUGUUGAUUGUGGCCUGUGGAAUGUUUUCCCACUCCUCUUCAAUGGCUGUGUGAAGUUGCUGGAUAUUGUUGGGAACUGGAACAUGCUGUCAUACAUGUCGAUCCAGAGCUUCCCAAACAUGCUCAAUGGGUGACAUGUCUGGUGAGUAUGCAGGCCAUGGAAGAACUGGGACAUUUUCAGCUUCCAGGAAUUGUGUAUAGACCCUUGUGACAUGGGGCCAUGCAUUAUCAUGCUGAAACACGAAGUGAUGGCGGCGGAUGAAUGGCACGACAAUGGGUCUCAGGAUCUCAUCACGGUAUCUCUGUGCAUUAAAAUUGCCAUCGAUAAAAUACAAUUGUGUUCGCCCACACGACGCCAUACACGCUGUCUGCCAUCUGCCCGGUACAGUUGAAACCGGGAUUAAUCAGAGAAGAGCACACUUCAAGCGUGCCAGUAGCUGGUCUCAGACGAUCCCGCAGGUGAAGAAGCCGGAUGUGGAGGUCCUGGGCUGGCGUGGUUACACGUGGUCUGCGGUUGUGAGGCCGGUUGGACGUAGUGCCAAAUUCUCUAAAAUGAUGUUGGAGGCGGCUUAUGGUAGAGAAAUGAACAUUAAAUUCUCUGGCAACAGCUCUGGUGGAUAUUCCUGCAGUCAGCAUGCCAAUUGCACGCUCCCUAAAAACUUGAGACAUCUGUGGCAUUGUGUUGUGUGACAAAACUGCACAUUUUAAAGUAGCCUUUUAUUGUCCCCAGCACAAGGUGCACCUGUGUAAUGAUCAUGCCUUUUAAUCAGCUUCUUGAUAUGCCACACCUGUCAGGUGGAUGGAUUAUCUUGGCAAAGGAGAAAUGCUCACUAACAGGGAUGUAAACAAAUUUGUGCAGAACAUUUGAGAGAAAUACGCUUUUUGUGCGUAUGGAACUGUCACGCUCGUUGAUAGACGAAUCAGACCAAGGUGCAGCGUGGUAUGCGUACAUAUUCCUUUAUUAACUGAAUACAGAAUCAAAACAACAAAAUACAAACGAACGUGAAGUUCAACAGGCUACACAAACACAAGCCGAAACAAGAUCCCACAACUAAGGUAGGCAAAAUGGCUGCCUAAGUAUGAUCCCCAAUCAGAGACAACGAUCGACAGCUGCCUCUGACUGGGAACACACCCGGCAAACAUAGAAAUACAAAAUCUAGAAUUCACACCCUGACCAAACCAACUAGAGAAAACAGGGCUCUCAAAGUCAGGGCGUGACAGUACCCCCCCCCCCCCCCCCCAAAGGUGCGUACUCCGGCCGCACCAACCUGACUCAUUAGGGGAGGGUCCGGGUGGGCAUCUAGCCUCGGUGGCGGCUCCGGCUCCGGCUUCGGGCGCGACGUCGGUAUAAACCUCUUCUCCCUUCCUGCCUCCCCGUUGCACACCCGGUCCGGUCUGGACCCCGGCGCAAUGCUUCCCCUCUCAGUCCUCCCACGAUGCACCAAGCCCUGUCCGGACCCUGGUGUGGGAGCCCUCGACCCUGGAGAGGGGCUGACAUCUGGUCCCGGCCCAGCAGUCCUCCCGCGAUGCACCAAGCCCUGUCUGGACCCUGGUGUGGGAGACUCCGACCCUGGAGAGGGAUUGACGUCUGGUUCCGGCUCAGACCCCGGUGGAGCAGAUGGCUUCGGCAUGGGGGAAGAGCAGAUAACCGGAGCUGGACUAGACACCGGUGGAGCGGACUGCUCCAGCACAGGAGUGGAGCCGCUGACCAGAGCUGAACUGAACCCCGGUGGAGCGGACUACUCUGGCACCGGACUGGAGCAGCUGACCGGAGCUGGACUGGGCACCGGCGGAGCGGACUGCUCUGGCACUGGGGUGGAGCAGAGGACCCUCGCUGGAGGUCGGGUGCGUGGCCUGGAACGGGCCGUACCGGACUGGGGACACGCACCACUGGUUUGGUGCGAGGAGCAGGAACGGGCCGUACCGGACUGGAGACACGCACCACUGGUCUGGUGCGAGGAGCAGGCACGGGCCGUACCGGACUGGAGACACGCACCACUGGUCUGGUGCGAGGAGCAGGAACGGGCCGUACCGGACUGGAGACACGCACCACUGGUAUGGUGCGAGGAGCAGGCACGGGCUGUACCGGGCUGGAGACACGCACCACUGGUUUGGUGCGAGGAGCAGGAACGGACCGUACCGGACUGGAGACAUGCACCACUGGUCUGGUGCGAGGAGCAGGCACGGGCCGUACCGGACUGGAGACACGCACCACUGGUCUGGUGCGAGGAGCAGGCACGGGCCGUACCGGACUGGAGACACGCACCACAGGUUUGGUGCGAGGAGCAGGCACGGGCCGUACCGGACUGGAGACACACACCACUGGUCUGGUGCGAGGAGCAGGCACGGGCCUUACCGGACUGGAGACACGCACCACUGGUUUGGUGCGAGGAGCAGGCACAACCCGUCCUGGCUGGACGCUCACUUUAGCCCGGCAAGUGCGGAGGGCGGGCACUAAGCGCACCGGGCUGUGAAUGCGCACUGGAGACACAGUGCGUAUCACAGCAUAACAGGGUGCCUGUAUGGUCCCACGCUCCUUAACGCGAGUGCGGGGAGUUGGCUCUACUCUGAAACCUGGCUCCGUCAGCCUGCUUUAAGGACUGCGCUCUCUGCUGCUGGAGGGUUAACUCCUCUCUCAGCUCCUCCUGUUGCCUGGCCAGCUCCUCUCUCAGUGCAUCCACUGACUCCUUCUCCCUGUGGGCCUCCUGCAGCGCCUCCCUCUGAAGGGCGAUCUCCUGCUCCCUCUUAGCUAUCAGCCCCCGUAAGGUGGUGGUCUCCUCUCUCAGAGUGCUGAGCUGCAGGUCUUGGAGGGCCUCUAUCAUAGCGGCCUCCACCUCCUCCACAGUCAGCCCUUUCAGGGCCUCCUGCUGCUUCGCCAACCACCCCGUGUGCCCCCCAAAAAUGUUUUAUUGGGGCUGCCUCUCUGGCUUCCUUCGUCGUCGUGAACUUCAGAGUCGCCGUUUAUCCUCCCUCGCUGCCUCCGUCUGCUCCCAUGAGAGGUGAUCCAUUCCUGCCUGGAUCUCUUCCCAAGUCCAGGAUCCCUUACCGUCCAAAAUAUCCUCCCAUGUCCAGGAUGUCUGCUCUUCCUGGCCACGCUGCUUGGUCCGUUGGUGGUGGGAUCUUCUGUCACGCUCGUUGAUAGACAGAUCAGACCAAGGUGCAGCGGGGUAUGCGUACAUAUUCCUUUAUUAACUGAAUACAGAAUCAAAACAACAAAAUACAAACCACCGUGAAGUUCAACAGGCUACACAAGCCAAAACAGAAACAAGAUCCCACAACUAAGGUAGGCAAAAUGGCUGCCUAAGUAUGAUCCCCAAUCAGAGACAACGAUCGACAGCUGCCUCUGAUUGGGAACCACACCCGACCAACAUAGAAAUACAAAAUCUAGAAUUCACACCCUGACCAAACCAACUAGAGAAAACAGGGCUCUCAAGGUCAGCGCGUGACAGGAACAUUUCUGAGAUCUUCUAUUUCAGCUCAUGAAACAUGGGAUCAACACUUUACAUGUUAUGUUUUAUAGUUUUGCUCAGUAUAUAAAAUCUAUGUGUGUUGACUGUGAUCAGGGCAGGGAAUGUACGUGUGUCUUGUCUGUUUAAUGAACCAAAUAAUGAACUAUUGAUUUCAUCUGCAUGGUGCAGCCAUGUAGAAGCCUAUGGGCAGUAUAGACCAGUAACAUCAUUAAACUAAAAAUAUGCCAUUCUAUUCUUUUGAAAAUAAGUUGUAUUAGUCAUAAUGUAUCUUAGGACCUGCCUAAACAAAUUACUAAUGCAUUUCUUUGUGAUGGUGUAUAUUCAAUGGAUUUAUUAAAAUAGGCCACCCACAUCGGCACACCCCUACUCCCACUCGUCACCGGUGCAUACAUGCGCACGGGAGGUAUAAAAGGUUUAUGCCGGCAAUAAUGUGGUAAAAAUGGGACUGUUUGAAAGGGUAGCAUAUAAACAUUGUCAAAAAAAAAUUUUAUGGGCAACAUACCGUACAGCCUGUGUGAAUUAGGUAUUAGAAGAGAGUGAGAGAUGUUGCUGAGAAGUUUCUUUCUCUAUUCUAAAGUCAUUAAAAGGCACUUCUUUGGAUCCAGUUUCCCUUCAUCAUUCCAGACGGAUGGGUACUGAAGUUUGUGUUGGUGUGUGUGGGUGUGUGUGUGGGUGUGUGUGUGUGUGUGUGUGUGUGUGUGUGUGUGUGUGUUCCAGCCGGAGCCUCCUAAGAAGCAGUCUAACUGGCGCAGGAAACACGAGGACUUCAUCGCCACAAUCAGAGCUGCCAAGGGCAUCACUCAGGUCAUGAAGGAGGGGGGGCCCUUACCCCCUCCCCCACCACCCUCCUACGACCCAGGUAACAACACCCUUACCCCCUCCUCUAGCCCCCUCCUACGACCCAGCUAACAACACCCUUACCCCUCCUCCAGCCCCCUCCUACGACCCAGCUAACAACACCCUUACCCCCUCCUUCACCCCCAAUGUACGUCCCAGGUAACAACAACCUUACUCAGGUAACAACACCCUUACCCCAUCGUCCACCCCCGUCUUCUAAACAUUUUGUUUAGAGAUUCUCCCUCUUAAACAUAAGAUUGGCGAGUGAGGUCACUGAACAACAUAAUACCUUCAUGUGUUUCCAGAUUAUAUCCAGUGACUGUGUUAUUGUGUUGUUCCAGAUUAUAUCCAGUGACUGUAUGAUUGUGUUGUUCUAGAUUAUAUCCAGUGAUUGUGUUGUUCUAGAUUAUAUCCAGUGAUUGUGUUUAUUCCAGAUGAUAGCCAGUGACUGUGUGAUUGUGUUGUUCCAGAUUAUAUCCAGUGACCGUGUGAUUGUGUUGUUCCAGAUUAUAUCCAGUGAUUGUGUUGUUCUAGAUUAUAUCCAGUGUCCAUAUUGCGAGCGGCGGUUCAGUGAGAAUGCAGCAGACAGACACAUGAAAUUCUGUAAGGAGCAACACGCUCGAAUGCAGAACAAGGCCAAGGUACCUGGCGCUGUGGACGUCAAGAAAACACCUGCACGCACACAGGUAGGACAGCACUGGCGUGUGUGUGUGUGUGUUUGUUUAAUGUCUCUUUAAGUGUGUGAGCCAUACACAGAGAGUAAAGUGUUCAGUGAGUGUGUUGCACUGCAUAAAACAAAAGUGUGUGUGCGUGCGCUCCAUAGUUCAAGCCUCCUGCUGCCGUGAAGAAGUCUAACUCUCCUGCUGUGUCCGCUGUGCCCUCUUCCUCCCGCUUACCCCAGAGAUCUGUCCUGGGCCAGCCCUCAGGUAACACACACAGUGUCUCACAGUCAGAUGAUGGUGCAGAUAUUUGUGUAACACAGGGGUUAUUUCACAUGCUUGUCUCUAUUUCUGCUCAGUCUCUUUUAGAACACUGUCUCUCUGUCUUACAGAGGACAACUCCAAGUAGACCCUGUCUCUUCUGUGCUAGGCCACACUGACUGAAGCUAAUACUCUAUGGUGCUACAAUCAACAAAACCUCUUGGGCUGGGCAUAUCAGCCAUCCAGAUACAAUGUCACUGAAUUGAAGCCACUUUUCUGGAGAGACAGGACUGACAUGUUUUUAAGUCUACACCCUCUGUUCCUCUCCCCUCCUCUCCUCUUCUCUCCUCUCCUCUCUUCUCGUCCCUAUAGGGAUUUCGUCCAGUAAGGUUCCCUCUGCAGGAUCAGUGAGGAGCACUCCGUCUGGUUACUCUCCUAACCGCACCGCCGCUUCUGGCCUCACUAGUCCACCUUCAGGGUUAGUACACACACACACCAUGCGCACAACAUUAACACACACACACCUGCAUGCACGCACACGUCACCAAAUCCUGUCAAUAUGUAACACACAUUAUACGUUUAAGACCACCAGUAAAAACUCUUCCCUUCCCUUCUAUCAGUGUUGUCGGUAAGCCCCGUCCAGUAGGUUCCUAUGGCUCUGUGAAGAUCUCUCAGACAGCAGGGGGACUCAACAACCGGAAAGCCUACAACGCAGACAAAUACAACUCCAGGUAGGAAAAGGCCUGUAUGAGUGUGACUGGGAGAUUGUAUGUGAUGGUUCACUUGCAGUGGAUGUGUUAGACAAAAUACAAGUCCAGACAAUAAACACUGUCCUCUUGUGGUAGGUUGUGGUAUUGCUCAGCAUAAUUAAACCACUGCAGUGCUUGCCUUCUCUCUACAUUUACAUUACAUUUUAGUAAUUUACCAGACACCCUUAUCCAGAGUGACAUACAGUAGUGAGCCCAUACAUUUUCAUACUGGUCCACCGUGGCAAUUGAACCCACAACCCUGGCGUUGCAAGCACCAUGCUCUACCAACUGAGCCACAUGGGACCUCUGUCACUCUCACUCUCUCUCUUUCUCACUCUCUCUCUCUCUCUCUCUCUGUUUAUAUCUCACUCUACUUUUUUCCCCUUCCCUGUCUUUCUCCACUUCAGGAGCGAUGCCAAAAGUGAAAAUGAUGUGGAUAAUGGUGGAAUGAUGACAAAGUUCUGCCACGAGUGUGGAACCAAGUACCCUGUAGACUGGGCCAAGUUCUGCUGUGAGUGUGGGGUUCGUAGGAUGUGUAUUUAAAGGAGGAGAGGAGGAGAAGAGAGAGGAGUAGAGGAGAGGGGUAGAGGAGGAGAAUACAGAGGGAUAGAGGAGUAGAGUGGGGUAGAGGCAAGAGAGUAGAUGUAGAGAGGAGUCUAGGAUGUCCUUCUGAGAGACGGGAGGAGAGAGAAAGAAGGGAGGAGGAUAGGAGAACGGAGAAAAAUAUAUGAGAGAAAAGAGGAAAGAUGAGAGGAGAGGAGGGAAAUAGGAAAUUAAAUAAAAGGGUGGCACUUCACUGGAACCCUGGGCCAUAAUGGUGUUAUAACACUUACCUAGCUAAAAUAGUACUUGGCCAGCAGGAAUGAGUUUUUUCCCCCUCAUAAUAUUGUAAAGUUAGUUUGAUAUCAGCGCACAUAACUGUUAAUGUCAUUAUUAUGACAGUGUUAUGUAGGCUUUACAACAGAAGGCUCAAGUAAAUAAUUACCCCAAAUUUACAUUUACAUUUUAGUUAUUUA